AUGGAUCCCUCACUCGCCAUGGAGACAUUCUUGAGCUUGGCGGGCGCGGGGAAGCUCAAGGACCAACAGCAGAUCGCCCUCAAGCUGCACAAAGCCUUCCCAGAUGAAACGCUCUACCUUAAUUGGGCCCUGCUGCCUAUGAUCCUCCAGACACCGAAUCGAUGCAAUGGUCAUACCGGCACACGUAGUCCGAUCUCAGUUUCGAUCGCCCAUCGCUGUCUCCAGACACUCCUGGAUCAAUGUCUGAAACUCAAGACUGAGUCUCCUAACAACCCACACCCGCCAGAGCUCGAAGACCCGAACAAUUUUUGGAUGGUUCUCAAGGUCUUGGAGAUGGUCGGACAAUCGCGUCCCGAAGAUGACCAUUCGAAGAUCGUGGGAAUCGGCAAGUUGAAAUAUUCAGAAUCACUCUUCGAGCCACUAUCCACUGCCGAUCAAUCCAAAAGUGCUUCAGCAAGUGCAGCACUCUCCGAAGCCUCGACUAUCGAUCAACUAGCCAAUCUCUCUGUGCAGCCUGGUCCAAGUCACACGAUAGAGUCCAGCCGCCCUGAACUUCCGGAAUACAUUUCAUUGGCGAGGGAAGAUUACUUCAAAAUAUUCGAUAGCCGUUUGGGUCAGAUAAUGAGAACCAAGUAUCUCAAUCUAGAGCUCAUGUGGCGAGAGCGCGCGGUUGAGUGGGCCAAUCCGACGGGCUUGAAAGAGCUUAUUUCUCGGAUGAAAAAACGGCUAGAAUCAGAUGACCGCAACUGGAGCACGAUGACCACGUUGAACCAGGCUGCUUCCAGUUUGAUUGGGCUCGAAGAAAAAGCGGGCGUCCACGAAUACAAUCUAGUCGACCAGCUGUACCUCGAACUGAACGCACAGCAGAAACUCCAGAUAUGCAGUGAAAGAGGCUAUGCCCUAGCUCGGGUAGAUCUGAGGUGCCGUGUACGAGAUCCAUUGCUUUCAGAGCUGAAGGAUAACUUUCACCCGCUUUCAGAAAAUUUGGAUCAGGUCGUGUGUUCCUACUACAGCCAAUUUGGCGGGAAGACAUGCUGUUUUGACGAUCUGGCACCAUAUCUCAAACUAUUGACGACUGAGGACGCAAACAAGCUUGGGGCCGCGUUGGAUCGAGCCAAUGAGACUGAAAAUCAUCAGUGCGCUGCCGCAGCAGGUCAACUUGAGGCAUUCCUAUGCAAGCAAAUCAACCUGGAAAAAAUUCGCCGAUCUCUCAACUUGACACCUCAAGACCAGUACGCCGCCGAAGCCACGAGACUUAUGAAAAACUACCUCAAAUAUCUACCGCUAGGGGAUGACUUGCCCGCCACGACCCUACAACCAGCCGAUGGUAUGGCUAUAUUGGCCGCGCAAGCAUUGAUAGAAGACUGGGAUGGUCCAAAUGGCAGUGUUGCGAAUUUGUAUGCCGCAACCUACAUCUUAGAAGAGUGUUUGUCUAACAGUGCGCAGCAGUACCAAGCUCGUAGCUUGCUCAUUCGUCUUCACAGGCUCUUAGGAAACUCGCCACGAAACUUUCAUCUUUUCGUUGGGUUUGGCAUCAAGCACAUUCAAUACGAUACUUUGAGUCACCUGGGACUAGAUAGAUCCUCGAUCUUUUUCGGCCACAACUCGCUUCCUAGCAACGAAGAAGAUGUAGAAAGUCAACCUCUUCGCGUUCUCGAUUUGAUCGAGUAUCCCGCUUCAUUUUACGAGUACAUAGAAUCCGAUACCUCAACCUGGAUCAACAAUUGCUAUAUGAGUGGAAAUUAUAUCAAGGUGGAGGACCUGAGUUUCUUCAGACAUCAAAUCAACGUUUCGUUGCAACGAAAGGUCAUGCGCAUGGAAAGGAUCCGGUUGCUAUUGUUUGAAAGAACCAGGUUGUCGCUCAGUAUGUCGAAGAAAAACGAGACGACGCGGGCGAGGCUGGAGUCCGAUGAUCCUGUCCAAAUCUGGGAUGGAGACGAGGUGGAGAUGAACUUGUUCGAAGUCUUGCAAGAUUGCCAAUCGGCGGUAGAUAAUCGGGAUUUCACUGUUAUACCUGAUUGUCGCUCGUGGUCAGCUUCGGGAACCUGCCACAAGACAAGCUUGGGGCCAAUGAUAGGAAAACGAUGGCUCUGGACUUUGAGUACCACCUACGCCCGGAUAGUCACCCCCCAGCUAAAAUUCCUCGACCAUCCACUCCUUUCCCAGCCCGACUUUUUCUCAGAGUGUUCUCCAUUCGAAGUCGACCUAUACCAAUAUUCGAGGACUUUGUCCACAAUGUUACAAACUACUCAACCCAAUCUACUUGAUUCCCAAUCACAAAGCCUCGUUGACUUUUUCCAACGUCGUAACGAUCAAGUCGAAGCUUUGGUCAAGCCGGAUGCUAAUCAUUCUUGUUCAGGAAGACCAGUUCCUCCCAGUCAACCCCUUGCUGUCAUUCAUAGUGUGUAUGAAGGUUUAUGUUUAUUCGAGUUCGCUUACGAACAAUAUAUCUGUGGCUCAUCCUCUCCGUUUAAAGGGAACAAAAUUGCCAAGACUUUAAGGGCCACCAAGACGAAGAUUAUCGCACAGGUGAAAACUCUGGAUGUUCUUAUUCAGAAGCUGUUGGAUGAGAUGAAAGGACAACUAAGGGGGGACCACGGAAAAUUAACUGGGACGAAGUGUUUAUUCGCCUCACCUCAGAUCCUGUUUCCUGGGCAAGAAGAGGCUACCAAAGGUUUUGUAUCGGCAGCAAAAUGGCUGGAACAGCUUCUCAAAAUCCAUAUGGAACAGCGAGAUACUCUCGCCGGAUGGCAUUCACUGAUCAAAAUGUUCCUUUGA